GGGAGGGAGCGCGCAGGGUGCGCGGGCAGCUCUGGGAAUGCGGGAAGAGUUGUGGGUUUUCCACGAGCAGCGCUGGGAGUGCGGGAGGGAGCGAGGAUUCUCCGCGGGGCAGCGCUGGGAAACCGGGAAGAGCUUGACUGGGAAAGAAGCUCUGACCCACUUCCCAGCCUUGGGACCUUCCACAAACUCUGCCCAGGGGAAGGUCCACGUCAAGCAGUGUGACUUGCUGAAGCUGUCUCGCAAGCAGAAGAGGCUGUGCCGGCGGGAACCGGGCUUGGCAGACACCUUGCGGGACGCCAUCCGGCUUGGGAUCAUGGAAUGCCAGUACCAGUUUCGCAGUGAGCGCUGGAACUGCAGCCUGGAGGGACGGACCAGCCUGCUGAAGCGAGGUUUUAAGGAAACUGCCUUCCUCUAUGCAGUAUCCUCUGCAGCUCUCACUCAUUCCUUGGCCAGAGCAUGUAGUGCUGGGCGCAUGGAGCGCUGCACCUGUGAUGACUCCCCAGACCUGGAGAACCGCAAGGCCUGGCAGUGGGGCGUUUGUGGAGACAACCUCAAAUUCAGCACCAAGUUCUUGAAAAAGUUCUUGGGUCAGAAGAGGAUUGGCAAAGACCUGCGGGCCAAGGUGGACAUCCACAACACCAACGUUGGCAUCAAGGCUGUGAAAAAUGGUCUCAAAACCACAUGCAAGUGCCAUGGUGUCUCUGGCUCGUGUGCUGUCCGGACAUGCUGGAAGCAGCUUUCACCUUUCCAUGAAAUUGGACGCCUGCUGAAGCUGCGCUAUGAUGAUGCUGUCAAGGUCUUCAGCACCACCAAUGAUGCUGUGGGACACUCCGAGCUGGCUGGCCCACAGAGGCACAGUCAUUCCCUGAGGCACCCCGCUUCACCUCGCUCUACGGACCUGGUCUAUGUGGAAGACUCCCCCAGUUUCUGUCGUCCCAGCAAAUACUCCUUGGGAACUGCGGGGAGGAUCUGCUCUCGGGAAGGCAACUGUGACAGCAUGUGCUGUGGACGAGGCUACAACACCCAGAGCCGGCUCGUGACCUUCUCCUGCCACUGUCAGGUGCAGUGGUGUUGCUAUGUUGAGUGCCAACAGUGCAUGCAGGAAGAGGUGGUCUACAGCUGCAAGCAGUAAAGACAGUGCUGGAGGGUCAAGGGAUACCCUAGAGUACAAGGAGGUGGUAGGGAGAGAGAGACAUGAUUCUCUGCUGUGGGGUGAGGGCAAAGGCAAGCACCAAAAAUGUGCAGUGCUCCUGUUAUCUCAGCAUUGAGAUCCUCCUGUCUGGGCAGAGCCCCUGCAUGAGGGCUGAAAACCUGAGUUUUUGUCAGGUAUCUGAUCAAGAAGGAGGGACGGAGGGUGGUGGUGGGACAGCAGAAACAUUGAAGAUGUCACAAAUCCCUCUCUUGAGCUAAAAUUGUGCUUUCAUCUGCAUCCCUCACUUGCACUUAUGUAAAUGUGUUGGGGUGGUGACAUUGAAACAGUGAGGGUUUGCACCUUGGUUCCUGGAGAGAAAAGAAUUAAGGGACCAGGGGGGGUGACAAAAAACGGAGCCAGGAUCCUGCUGUAGCAGGGGCAGCUGCGUUCCUGCACCCGGGCUCUGGCA